AUGUCCGUCGCCAAGCCGAACUGGUGGAAAGCGAGUACCUGCUACCAGAUAUGGCCAGCUUCCUACAAGGACAGCAAUGGCGACGGAAUCGGUGACAUACCCGGCAUCAUCAGCACACUGCCAUAUCUCAAAGAUCUCGGCAUCGAGACGAUAUGGCUUUCGCCCAUGUACGAUUCUCCCCAGAAAGACAUGGGCUACGAUAUCUCAAACUACGAAGACAUUUACCCACCCUACGGCACGCUCGGCGACAUGGACAAUCUAAUUCAAUCGUGCCACGAGCUGAACAUGAAACUCAUUCUUGACCUCGUCAUCAACCACACGUCCGACCAGCACGCCUGGUUCCUCGAGUCACGCAAGGACAAGGCCAACCCCAAAGCCGACUGGUACAUCUGGCGCGAUCCCAGAAUGGUCGAUGGCGAACGCCACCCGCCCAACAACUGGGCCUCCAUCUUCGGCGGGAGCGCGUGGGAAUACGUGCGCGAGCGCGACCAGUAUUACCUGCAUCUGUUCGUCAAAGAGCAGCCCGAUCUGAACUGGGAGAACGAGGAAACGCGGCAGGGUAUCUACCAAUCGGCCAUCAAAUUCUGGCUCGACAAAGGCCUCGACGGCUUCCGCGUCGACACGGCGAACAUGUACUCCAAGGAUACGAGCUACCCGGACGCGCCGGUCACUAUCCCCGGCGAGCCCUACCAGCCCGCGUUCAAGUACUACCUCAACGGGCCACGCAUGCACGAGUUCCUCCAGGAGCAGCGCGAGCAGGUCCUCGACAAUUACGGCGACAUUCUCAUGGUCGGCGAGUUGCCCGGCACGGGCUUUGAUGACGUGCUCCGGUACGUGUCGGCGGAAUCGCGCGAGUAUUCUUGCGUGUUCGAUUUCGAUGUCGUGACGCUGGGCACGCACAAGGACGGCGCGGGGAAGAAGCACCACACCUAUCGGCACACGCUGCCGCAGUUCAAGGACGCGAUCCGCAAGGUCCAGGACAUGUUACGGGGCACGGAUGCGUGGACGACGGUGUUCCUGGAGAACCACGACCAGGGCCGGAGUUUGUCGAGGUUUGCAACGGAUCGGCCUGAGCACCGCGACACGGCGGCCAAGAUGCUGGCCAUCCUGAUGUGUUCGCUGACGGGCACCAUGUUCUUGUACCAGGGCCAGGAGAUCGGCAUGUAUAACCACCCCGAGCACUGGGACAUCGAGGAUCUCAGAGACAUUGACUCUCUGAACGCGUACAAUGACGUGAUGCACCGGCACAAGGGCGAUGCGCUGUGGCUGAAGAAGGCCAUGAAAGGCCUGCAGAUGGUCGGCAGGGACAAUGCGAGGUUGCCCGUGCAAUGGGACGGAAGCGCGAACGCGGGCUUCACCACGGGCAAGCCCUGGAUCAGGGUGCAUGAUGACUAUGAGCGUGUCAACGUGGCGAGGCAAUUGGAGGAUGACAAGUCGGUGCUGACGUUCUGGAAGAAGAUGAUCAAGCUGCGCAAGGAGUAUGCCGAGGUCAUGAUAUUCGGGCGCGAUUUCGACGUCUGGGAUCCAUUCGAUCAGGAUGUCUUUACGUUUACCAAGCUGCAUCCCGACAAGAACGAAAAGAUGCUGGUGUUUUUGAACUUCUCGGACCAGGAGCAGCCGUUGCAUUAUCCGACGGGCUUGGAGAAGGUGAAGAAGGAGCUGGUCGUGAGUAAUGUGGAUGAGCCGAGGAAGUAUCUUGCCCCUUGGGAGGGGAGGGUGUAUUUGAUCAGGGAGAGUGUGGUCAAUGGUGCCUGAUAUGGAGGAUUGGUUUUGUUACUGCAAGGCUGAGACCCCAGCGGGAAAGAGAGAAAGAGAGCAUAUAUGAUUAAUCAGAGCGGCUGUUGAUUGUUCAGGCGGAGUUACAGGAUAUGUUACACUCUCGGGUCUAUAU